AUGCGCUUUUCCAGCAUAGCCAUCAUUUUUCAAAGCGCAAGCAUCUUCGUCACGACUCUGGCUGGGACUAGCGUGGAUCACAUAGAUGAGAAAAUAAAAUCUUUUGUUUGUAACGGACACAUUGUUGGACAUAAUCAAUUUACACAGAAUCGAAGGUUAGCACAGAAUCCUGAGUACAUGUUUAAGAGAGGGAGUUUGUACCAUCAGCAUGCUAAAAAAUUAAAUGAGGCACGCCGGGACGUGAAUUUACAAGAUAUACCUUUGGUGUAUUCAUAUAGUGAAACCGCACAGUUAUCUUUUCACCAACUCGAGGAUAUGACAGAGACCAGAGAUUUAGGCAAAUAUGUCUUCAAAUCUGAAUACUUUGUCAUGGUGGACAAACACGCUCGCAGUUGCUCCAUACUUAUUCAAGAAUUAAAGCAAUAUCCACAGGGGCGAUAUACAUGGCCGGAUGAUAUAAGCUACAAGUUAUGCAGAGUUGGACAUGUUGUAAUUGAGGCAGCAACAUGA